AUGAUAAGCCUGGCGACAGACAUACUCUAUUACACGUACGGUCGGAACUUGGGAAACUUCCUCUUCAACACAUUUUUAUUUUUUGCGAAUUAUUUGAAUUGCGUUUGUCUCGUUUUGAAGAAGAUAUCAUGCCUAUUCGACAGAACGAAUUAUAGAGAUCUAUGCAGCCUGUGCAACAUUAAGCGAGCAAAUCUCAGUGGACUUCAAAUGGAAAAUAAAAAUUUAAGCCUCUUAAGUAUUGCCAGUAUUAACAAUGUAGAAACGCUAAACAAAUCACUGCUCGAAGUGGAGACUCAAAUAAACGAGCGUCUGUCCACCGAACUUGAGGAUUUUUAUGACGACGAAUAUAACUUCGACUUCAUUGACAUGGUUCAAGAAAAAGAUUUGGACGAAUAA